CAGUCUUUCAAGCUUUAUCAAGUUUCCUACCGUCAUUCGUUGCACUUCUCGCUCGUGCAUUUUCAUACCAAUCUUUCAUUUGAUUUUUCAAUCGUGCCUUCAUUUCACUUCGACUACUCGAAAGUCUGCCACCGACACAAUGUUUACCGCAACAAUCAUCACCUCGCUGUUGGCCGCCACAGCUUUGGCACGUCCCAAUGUUAUCAGGAAGCGGGACAACACAUGCCUCACAUACGAUCAAGCAUACAAGGUUGCCGAGACUUGGGGAAGUCUGAUUGCCAACUACUCGACCGCAGUCGCCGAACUCGCUUUGGUCGAGAACUUUACCGAUUACUCCGAGUCCGUCAACUCUCUGAUUAACAACUGCCCUCAGGGAGAUGCUGCCGUCGCUCUUCCCCUUGAGGAUCCGACUUUCACAACUCGCGCUGCGUUCGAGCUCGGCCAAGGCCAACAGCCGCCGAUCAACUUCAAUCUCCUUCAGGUCUUCCCAGGCUGUGGAUCCGUGAGCUUCCGCUGGAAGACGACCAACACUGCACCUAUCCCGAACCCACGGCCUAUCAUUGGGCUGAUCGUCAUCGAGACCGUUCCUAACCCGAACAAGGACUCCGAAUACGAAUUCCUGAUCUCAACCGUCUACUCCGAGUUCGACUCCGGUGACUGGCUGCAAAACCUCAAGGACGCCGGUAUCUGCGCAACAACCAGCUCUGCCUGUGCGACUGCCUCGCCGACUACCCCUGUGGCAUCUGCUCCUACUUCCGCAGGAGAAGCUAUCUCUCCUGCUGGCUACGCUACUGCCUCUGCCGCAGCUCCUCCUGCAUACCAAACCACCAGCAUCACUCAAGCAGCAGCAGCUGCUGCGUACACGACCGCCGCACCGGCUAUUCCAGUCAGCACCGGCACGAUCGACAAGUGCACCACAACUAGCACCGACCAGGCUGGCAAUGUGUGGAUCAAGGUUACUGAGACUAGCCAUGUCUAUGCGACUAUGACCGAGUACGUCACCGUCACCAAGACUGCUUAAAGGGCGCAUCACAAAAGCCACGCGAGCAAGGCGUGUAUUGCGCAAGUAUCUGCUUCCCACGUCGACGCAAGAAUCAUGAAAGAUGGGGAAUGAUGAUGACGAUUUUAUUUCUUUUGUUUUCCGAUUACUUUCUUUUGUUUCGAGAUGAUGACCAAGAAUACAUCAUGUACUUCCAUUGUCAUGCCUUACGCAGCAACGGGUUCUAGAACAGCCGUUACAAUCGAUCCUUUGAAUCCUUGUC